GGAUUCUUCUGACGUCACGAUCCAUCCCAGCAUUCCAGGGGGUUUCACUGCCUUAGCAACGGCGGAGUGAGACCGAGGCGCGGCCGGGUGAGAGGUCAGCGGAGAGUUUCCAACCCAGGGGAAACCGGAGGGAGGUGCGGCGGUGUUUCGAGCGAGAAUAAGGGAACCGGUCUAGUUCCGUACCAGUGCUGUCGCUGUGAUCAGGAUAACCCUGCCUACCAUUGACAAGGGCUUGAAAGGAGUGAGAAGCUAGCCAACUUGGGCUAGUACUUAUCAGACAAUUAUAUGUUUUUCAGACUAUUCAAAGGAGGACAAAAUCUGCAUGAACUGGUCUUCAACAAUUGGAAUAUUUUCUUAGACCUCACCAAAGAUGUCUGCAAAAACAACCAGCACAAAUAACAUAGCACAGGCACGAAGAACUGUACAGCAACUGAAAGUGGAAGCCUCCAUAGAAAGAAUAAAGAUUUCAAAAGCAUCAGCCGAUCUCAUGCGCUACUGUGAUGAACAUGCCAAGAAUGAUCCUUUGCUCAUGGGAAUCCCUGCAUCAGAAAACCCCUUCAAGGAUAAAAAGCCUUGCAUUAUAUUGUAGUGUUAUAGUUACUAGUGAACAUCAUUUUUUUUUUUUUUAAACUUUUGUCUCUCUUUCCAACACCAAACAUAUCCUAACUGAAAUCAUUUUUUAGGGUUUCUGUUUUCCACUUGAGAAAAAAAUAUACCAAUAAUUCUUUUAUAUAUUCUACCUUCAUAGCUUUCUUACACAUGGGAACCGGUUUUUUUUAACCAAAUGUUAUGGUCUGAGUGAGGUAGAGCCAUAUUUAUUUGUCAGCAGUGUCUACUUGUCCAUUUUAAACCUUGCUAGAAAAACUGAAGACCAAUGUUGCCUCAACUUGCUGCACAGGUUUGUCGUUGCAGGCAAGGAAUGAUGCAGGUUUAUUAUGAGCUGCCAUUCAUGCUGAAUCCCCUUCUGCAGAUUCAAUCCAAAUGGGAAUCGGCAAGCCUCAGCCAUGGACCGUUAGCAUCCUCAUCCCUCUUUCUAAGCCUUUGAACCUAGCACACUAUAGGCUGCUUCUCAGGAUCUUGCAAAAGCCAAAUCGUGUUUGUACUUGAACUUAAUGAAUGUGAAAGCAACAUUAUUUUCAACAGUUAUAUCUUAUGUAUUGUGCAGGCGCAAUCCUUUCUAAAACAAAUGGGACCACCCAUGCAAAACAUCAUAGGAGCUACACAGGCCCUUGUAGCAAGUUGUCUGUUCUUGUCACAAUAAUAACUUAAUCCAAGGUAGCAACUUCUUGAGGAAAUUAUUAUUGAGAGUGCAAGUUUGUUUCUUUUUUUUUUUUUAAUUCAAUUUGGACCAAGUAAACAGAACAUGCACUAAAUUCAUAUUUUAGAACAACAAUCUACAAUGCCAAUAUACCAUACCUGAAGGGUAGUUAGAGACCCAGUGUUGGGUUUACCCCUGAUGGAGAACCUAGAUGUCAUGUAUUUGACUGGGCCUUUAUCUCAGCUGAGAUGCACCAACUCUUCUAGUAGAAACCCUUCUACUUGCACUAACCCUUCUGCUAGAAACUCCUAUCUAGAAAACUAGUUUAUCUUCCAUUUUGUUUUGGUUAAAAUCUAUUUCCUAUUGAUGACAUUUCUUCAUACAUAUAAAGAGGAUGCUUUAUUACUGGUUGCAUUUGUAUAUGACAGUGUAUAUUUUGUACACAAUCAGCUUGCAAGAUAUGUAGUAUUGAAUGAUAGGCAAGCUUGACUAUCAAAAAAAAGAUUUCUGCAGUUUGUUUACAGCAUUAUAUAAUCUGCCACAUAUGUGUAAGAAAAGGGGAAGGUGCAUCAAAGCAAUACAGUUCCAUGAUAUCCCUUAAUUAUAUCACCUUGUGUAAUUGCUUUGAUUAGUUAGUUAUUUUUUCCCCCAUCUUUUGGGGAUUAUGUAAUAAAAAGCACAAAGUUUGCCCAGGAGUAGUAACCAAUAGGAACCAAUCGGCAGGUAGAAUUUACUGCUCCCCUGUUUAAAAGCAAACCGCUUAUUUGUUGCUAUGAGUUACUGCUCCUGGGCAAACUUGGCGCCUUUUAUUAGAUAUGGGGGUUUGAGUCUUGUUCAGAGAUCCCCAACCUUUACAGUUGUGUGUCUGAUGGUCUAGUAGAGGACAUUAGGAGCAACAUUGCUAAUGGGGGAUCAAUGGGCUGCUAGGGUUUGAUUUACUGGUGGCUAAUUAAAUAUAUUGGAUAAUAUUGGAUUGAAUAUUGGAUCAAAUGGAUGUUUAACGCUCUUGUUUUGAGGAAUUACUUAAGUUUCAAGCUGAGGUGGUUAAAUGAGGAUGUUGGCAUGGUUCAGCUUUGCAGUCGGCUGAGAAACAUUCCAGUUACAGUAAUGCAAUAAGAUUUCACGUUUAUUCAUUUUAUCAACAAGCUGACACCAACUACAGCUAUUCUAAUCCAAACAAAAAAAAAAGUACAGACUCCUGAAUUCUGUGAUGCUUUUCGACUGUUGUGAUUGGCUUUUAAAAUUUAAAUAUUAUGGCAUCUCCAUCUGAAAUAAGCAGAGGAGUGGGGUAAAAGUAUAAGAAAUAAGUCUUCUGAUUAAGUAAUAUUGAUAAAGUGUGGGCAUAACCGCUCACUUUGUUUAAUAUCUUGUCCAUUUGACAGAAAAUACCAUUUGUUUGCAACCAAAGAUCUUUUUUUUAUGUUUUCUUUUUUUACUGUACAUAGUUGUGUACCACUGAAGUAUAAACACUGAGAUUGGAUAAAAUAUCUAAUUAUAUUUAGAUGGUGAAAGCAGGUACAGGUAUGGGAUCCAUUAUCUGGAAACCCAGAUUCCAGAAUGGCUGUCUCCCAUAGACUACAUUUUAUUAAAAUAAUCCAAAUUUUUUAAAAUUAUUUCCUGUAAUAAUAAAACAGUACAUUGUACUUGUCCAAACUAAGAUAUAAUUAAUCAUUAUUAGAGGCAGAACCAGCCUAUUGGGUUUAUUUAAUGUUUGCAUGAUUUUCUAGUAGACGUAAGAUAUGAAGAUCCAGAGCAUUCUGGAUAAUAGGUUCUAUACCUGUAUUCCUACAAAAGCAACAGUCUAAAACUACAUAUACCACUGUAUAUGGUGCCCUUGUGGGGCCAGAAAAUUUAAAACCAUUUGUGUAUUCGUACUUCUUUCAAUGCCAAGUAAUAAAUAACAUUCGAAUUUC